AUGGAAGACUGGAUUGUUCAGUCUUCCUUCAAGUUUGACCCUAAAACAUUUAUCCACGUUAAUAUAAUUCAUAAGAAAUCAGUUCACUCAGAAGAUCCAUUUAACGAUGAUCAACGUGAGCGGCAUGAAGUAGAAAUGCUAGCCAAGAAGUUCGAGGCAAAAUAUGGUGGGAAGCCGCACAAACAUCGGAAGGAUCGCCUGCAGGAUCUGAUUGAUAUAGGUUAUGGUUAUGAUGAAACAGACCCUUUCAUAGAUAAUUCUGAAGCGUAUGAUGAAUUAGUUCCUGCAUCACUGACAACCAAAUAUGGAGGGUUUUAUAUCAACACUGGUACACUGCAGUUCCGCCAGGCAUCGGACUCAGAGGAUGAAGACUUUGCAGAUGACAAAAAGCACAGGCCACCUAAAAUAGCAAAGUUGAAAGAAAGUGAUGAUCGUGGAAUGAAGAAGCGCAAGCGGAAGGAUGAAGAGGCAGAGAAGGAGAAGCAGCCUCGGAAAAUGAAAGUUCCUAAGCAGCUGGGAGUAAUGGCCUUAAACUCACACAAGUCUGAAAAGAAGAAAAAGAAAUUAUAUAAAGACUCACUAUCUCUGGCUGCCAUGAUCCGUAAAUUUCAGAAGGAGAAGGAAGCCAUGAGGAAGAAGGAAUCUAGUCCAAAACCUCCAGUGACUGUUGCAACCUCUACCCCUAGUAAAGUUCCUUCUUCCUCUCUCAGUGCAGGAAAUGAUAUCUCUGACUUGAACAUCAGGAUCAAUGAUCCUGUCCUCUCCAUUUUUGGUAGCACAAAUGAACGUGAGCUCCUGCAAGAAGCUGAAAGUGCCCUGGAGAUGCUGGGGGACAUUGACUUUGACAAGCUGCUUGAUGGCACUUCUGAUGGCAGCCCGGUAUCUGAGCUGUCAGGAGAAAAUGGAAAUGUCACUCAGGCAACCUACACCUCUCAGGUCAUGACACCCAAGCAGGUGCCGGCCCUCCCAGAAGGUCUGCCUACGCUUCUCGAAAAGCGCAUUGGAGACCUUCGAACAGCCGCAAAGAUGUUUGAUGAAGAGGGCAGGAAAAAGUUUUUCACACAAGACAUGAAUAAUAUUCUGCUGGAUAUUGAGCUACAGUUACAGGAGAUAAAUCCUGCCAUCCGCAAUGGAGUGUACUCUCACCUUGAGGCUUUUGUGCCAUGCAAUAAGGACACACUGAUAAAGCGUCUGAAGAAGUUACACCUCAAUGUCCAGGAUGACCGUUUGAGAGAACCGCUGCAAAAGCUGAAACUGGCUGUCAGUAAUGUCAUGCCUGAACAGUUAUGCAAAUACCAAGAGGAUUGUCAGGCCCGCAAUCAAGCCAAGAAUGCCAA